UUCACAUCCCGCACAGCAAAGUUUCACAGUGCCGUCUAAGGCAGAGUAUGUAACCCAGAUUGCCGGGAAGCUUCAUGAUGCGGAGAAAGAGAUACAUGAUUGCAGCUGCUCUCCUGCUGUGUGCUGUUAACGCGCUCUGCUCUGACGGUGAUGCGAAUCAGAAAUGUGUGUCGAGCUGGGAGUCGGAUUGCUUUCAGCCAGCUGACCACCUGAAUGACUCUGAUCCUGUCAGCCUGAAGCUGUCAGCUGGUAAGAAACUCCUCAUCUCUCUAGAGGGCCUUCCUGAUCAUCCUGUCUGCCAGUGGGAGAAAAGCCCACAGAUGAACAUAACUGGGAGUGUCUCCAUGGUCACACCAAGACUUGCAAGGAAUGAUUCUGGGAUUUACAAACUGACCUGUAAAAGUCAAGAAAGAACCAUUUUCUCAAAAGCUGUUGAUCUUCGUAUCCUUGAACGUCCCUCAAAACCAAAGCUGUCUCUGGAUAAUAUGAAUAUGGCACGCAUGUCUCCUUAUUUUAAAUGCAUCUCUGGUGGUUCUCCAAAGCCCAGUAUUGAAUGGUCUCGUCCAUCCUCAAGGGAUGAGAAAAAAGAUAUUGAUGGUUCAACAGCACAGAGCUCAACCACAACUGCGAACUAUGCAGAGAGUGGAGCGAUGUGUUGUGCCACCAACGAUGAAGGACAAGAAUGCACCCAGCUGUAUGACUUUGACAUAAAUACUGCUUCAAUGAAACCCGAUGAGGUUUCUAGUGUGACCAUAAGUCCCGGUGAGCCUUUGGUGCUUCGCUGCAGAAAAUAUGCUGAUUGUAGUUCUGUGUGGGAACAUGAUGGCAAGGUUUUGGCGGAAACCUGUCCAGAUAAUGAGAUCUGUAUUAAAAAGGACAGACAUGGGAAGAGCUGCAUGCUGUAUGUCUUCAUCAGAUCAGUAACCUCACAACACAACGGCACAUACACCUGCAAAAACUCAGACAGAACUAAAUCUGUGGAUGUUCACGUUACGGCUGAGAGCUUCAUCACCUCCCAGCUGCCUGAUCAGUUUGUGAUAACUCAGAACAGCUCCUGCUUGGCAGCAACUGUUUCCUACCACCCAGUGCUGCAGCACUGCUACUGGGAAGCUCCUGAUGGGAGUUUCACUAAAUGCAUCAGAGACAAGAAAGUGACAAAGCACAGGACUGUGAAGGCCUGUGGACCAUUAAAGUCUGGAGUGUAUAAACUACACCUGGAGGCUGGAGGAAAAAUGGAAACAAAGGAAACAAAUGUUUGUGUUGUAGAGAAACAAGGGUCAUCAAUUAAGAAAACAGAUAAUUACCUUUUUGUUGAGACUGUGAGUGUCUUGCCUGCUAAGUCUACAUGGAUGAUGUUAAGUUUAUCAUCCAGCAACAGCUCUGAAACAAACCCACCCUGGGAAGUGAUUGAGAGGAAGAAUCACUCAGUUUCUGAUGGCUUCUGUAACCAGAAACUCACCAGCAAUGUGAGCACAAUAAAUGUAACGGUUGCAACAAAAUUUAAGUUUUGCUUGACGGACCAAGCUGGGUCCUGGUGCAGUGAGGGAUUUUAUGAGGUUCCAGACCUCAAACCCGAAGCCUCCAUAGCUUAUCAAUCUUAUGACGGUCACUUAUUAAUGCCACUGAAAAUUGGCAUAUUGGCUCUGCUCCUGGCUCUGGCAUUAGUCUCAUUUAUGCUCAUGUACUACAUCAAGAAAAAGAAACCCAAAUAUCAGCCUCAGCUUCAAAUGAUCCAGAUGGUUGGACCUAACGACAACGACUACAUCUACAUCAAUUUCAAGGACUUUAAUUACGAUAAGAAAUGGGAGUUUCCUCGGGAGAACCUGGAGCUUGGAAAAGAGCUGGGCUCUGGAGCUUUUGGCACGGUGGUUCAGGCUACAGCUUAUGGCAUCAACAAAUCCGGAGUCUCACAGCAGGUGGCCGUCAAGAUGCUGAAAGAAAAACACGAGUCUGUGGAGAAGGAAGCUCUCAUGUCUGAGCUCAAGAUGCUGACUCACAUUGGCCAGCAUGCCAACAUCGUUAACCUGCUCGGCGCAUGCACAGAGACUGGACCCAUAUACCUGAUCUUCCAAUAUUGCUGUUAUGGAGACUUGCUGAACUACCUGAAGAAGAGCGGUGUUCGUUAUCACAAGUCUGUGACUGACGCCUUCAGCAGGGACCGUUUCAGCAGCCUGUACAACAACCUGCCGCCCAAGAAAAACUCCAAUGAGCUGGUAACAGCAACAGAUAACUACAUCCCCAUGCAUGGCAUCACCACCGGGGGGCAGGAGGACAUCGCUGUCAUCACCUUCAGCUCCAACGACAUGGAAGAUCCAGAAAUGUACGAGAGUGAAGAUGAUCAGAUGGAGCAGCAGGCCCUCACCUUUGACGAUCUGCUCAGUUUUGCCUUUCAAGUGGCCAAAGGGAUGGAGUUCCUCUCCGCCAAGAAUUGCAUCCACCGAGAUCUAGCGGCUCGAAACGUGUUGGUAACAAAAGGCCGACUGGUGAAAAUCGGAGACUUUGGGCUGGCUCGAGACAUCGACAAUGAUUCCAACUAUGUUGUGAGAGGAAACGUGCGUUUGCCAGUUAAGUGGAUGGCUCCAGAGAGCAUCUUUCAGGGGAUGUACACCAUGAAGAGUGACGUCUGGGCUUACGGCAUUCUGCUCUGGGAGAUUUUCUCACUCGGCGUCACUCCGUAUCCCGGUGUUAAAGUGGAUCACACCUUCUACUCAAUGAUUGAGGGAGGAUUUAAGAUGGAGUGUCCAUACUAUGCCAACGAUUCUGUGUAUGGCAUUAUGUGCAAGUGUUGGGCUCUGGAUCCUAACAACCGGCCAUCUUUCUCCAAGAUAGUGGACUUCAUGAGUGGCCAGAUGAUGGACAUGGAGGAAAAGCUCUACCAGAUCAUGCAAGACCAGGAUUUCAGCGACUAUCAAAAUGCAUCAACUAUUGGGGACAUUUCAGCAUUGGUGAAAGAAAGUGAAAGCAAGACAGCAGCAGCCAAUGACUACUGCAAAGCCAACCAGAGAGAGGAAAGCCAAGCUGAGGCGUUAAAGUCAGAGGCUGCAGGGGAAGACGAGGAGAAGGAGCCUCUGAAGCCAUCUAAUGGAGAGUGAUCUCCAACUCAAGCUAUUUUAUCUGCAGCAUAUAUAACAAUCUACCUACUAUUCUGCUCAUCAUAUCUACCAAAGUAAUAUACUGGCUUUAUAUUCCUUUACAAAUAUUAUGAGCAUUUUAGAUUUAUAUUUGCGUUUAGUUGAACAGGCUUGAUUUAGCAUUCAUUUAUAUACAUAAGGGAUCGUAAGUGUCCUCUGUCCAAAACUGCAUCACACAACAUGAUGCUGCCACCACCGUGUUUCACAAGUGGGGAUGGUGUGUUCAGGGUUAUCCUUAGUGUUGGUUUUAUUGCCACAUUAAAUACUGCGGAAGUAGGCCAAAAUGUUCAUGACGUUCUGUUCAUCAUAAUUAUCAAAAUAACAUACUGGUUUUGUUAUUAUUAUUUUCCACAUAUCAUGAGAAUUUUAUCCUUGUCGUUAUGUUGAGUUAAACGUGUUUUAUGUAGAAUUUAAUAUAUUGUUCUGUUUUUUUUAUACUAUCGCCUGCAUUUGCACGGAUGCUUUAUAAUAUAUGAGCAAUGAGAUUUUAACGGUGCAGCUAAAACUGAAAUACACUUUUCACUAUGACUAAAGCGUUGUCAGUGACAUACUGUAAUUUAUAGAUGGUACAUGUUGUGAUUUUAAUGAAAAAAAAA